UGAAGACACCAGGAGGUUCUUGGGGACACCGUGAGGGUCUCAGGACUCACCUGCUUGUGGUGCUGCCCCUUCUGUCCCCCCCCAGGCCCCAAUAAGGACUCCCAAAUGUCCCCUAACCCCCAUUUUCCCUUUAAUCUCUUCCCCCCCCCUCAGUUCCCUUUUAACCCCCAAUGCUCCCAAGACCCCUUUUAACUCCCCCAAAUGCACCCAGAGCCCCCCAAACCUCCCCAAAUCCCAAUCAAACCCCUCGCAAAGAAGGAUCACCUGACACCCUGGGACAGGAAGACAGUGGGCUGUGCUGGGGGCACUGGGCUGUACUGGGAGAUCCCUCAUCCCCAAAACCCCUCCCCUGGGCAUCCGUGCCCCAGUCUGGGAACCACGGCGGGGUUGGAUCAAGGGGUGCACUUGAUGAUCUGGGAGGUCUUUUCCAAGCUGGCUGAUUCUGGGAUUCUCUGGGUGCCAUUGCCAGGGCAGCACAUGCUGGAGGCUCUGUCCACAGGGGAUAGAUGUGUCUGUGCAGACAGAGAGACAAGGUUCCUGUGCUGGAGAGCAGGCCCUGAGGUGGCCCUGAGAAGAAGUGGAAGGCAGAGGUGGUGCUGAGGCAGGAGAGCCCCGUGCUGGGGAAGAGGCUGAUCUGGGAGUGCCCAGCAGCGAGAAGGUGCUGUGUCCAUGCCCUGUGUGCCAGUUGUUGAGCAGCCUCCCAGCAAGGAAAUGCCCUUCAGGUGCUUGGAAUGUGGGAAGGGCUUCAACUGGAGCUCCAGCGUGAUCCGACACCAACAGAUCCACACUGGGGCACGGCCCUACACGUGUAGGCAAUGUGGGAAGAGGUUUCAGACCAGAUCACAUCUCCUCGAGCACGAGCAGACACACACAGGGGAGAGGCCCUUCCGCUGCACCGACUGCGGGAAGGGCUUCACCCGGAACUCCACCCUCAUCACCCACCGGCGCAUCCACACCAGGGAGAGGCCCUACAAGUGUGAGGAAUGUGGCAAGAGCUUCAGGGACAGCUCCAACCUCCGCAUCCACCAGCUCAUCCACACUGGGGAACGGCCCUACAAGUGCUUGCAAUGUGGGAAGAAGUUUCAGACCAGCACAACUCUCCUCAGGCAUGAGCAGACACACACAGGGGAGAGGCCCUUCCGCUGCACCGACUGUGGGAAGGGCUUCAAACGCAACUCCCACCUCGUUGGCCACCGGCGCAUCCACACCGGGGAGAGGCCCUACAAGUGUGGGGAGUGUGGGAAGAGCUUCAGGGACAGCUCCAACUUGACCAAACAUCAACGGACCCACCGGUAAGGGAAGGCCCUAGGAGUGCCCCAAUUGCGGGAAGAGCUUUGGCCACUACUCCCACCCCAAAUGCCCCCCCUGAUGGUGAGGCAACCCCUGGAGUCCAGUGACUGUCAGUCCAUCCCUUUCUACCAGAAAGGACCAGUGCCCUUUCCCAGGGGCAGGUUCUGCCAUCAGAACCCUUCUUGGGGAGUGUGUGGAGAUUCCUGCCUUGACUGGGACCCCCCAAGGUCACUGCUGGAGGUUGACAGCAGAGAUCUCCCCAGGAGUGUUGGUCUGGGGGAGUUCCAUCCAUCUCUAACUCAUAAUUCUUGCUUUGGUUCCAGCUUGAGUAGAAUUGCUUCAACAAUUGCUUUAGUGUAGAGCACUGUCCUAUCUUAUGCUGUCCUACUGGUAGUAUUAGUGUUUCUAUUGUGCAGUAAAUAAUUCUGAUGAAGAUCUUUUGUCUGAUCAUUUGUAACCCUAAAUAAUUCAUUUCUAUCAAUAGAUGUGAUUUGCCAUCCUUAAAACCUGGGGGACAAAAGUGGUUCAGUCCCACCUCUGUAAUUCCUCUAAACUGAACCUGUUGGCAAAACCCAUGGCUGAGAUUGGAUCCAGCAGCCCCCAGCACCCCACAGUCAGUUGGGAGCUCAGAGGGGCCACCCCCCUUUUGUGAAUCCUCCUGUUCCCAAAGACCCCCAUGGGACUGUCAGACCUGCCAGACCACCCCCACUUUUCCACCCUUCUCCGUGUUCCUCCCACUUUUUCAUGGUCCCCUGUUAUAAUCUGCUUAAAUAUUGCAGAAAGAACUUUAGAUUUGAAUAUUCCCUUGAGCAAAACUAAAACUCACACAAGUUAUCUGUUGAUACCAAAACCUGAUUUUUAUUAAUUGCCAAGAGGUGCAAAAAGAAAAGAAAAGGUUGGCAACUGCUAAGAAUAUUUCUAGAAGCAGAGAAUACCACUGAAAAAUACCUUUUCCCACUGAGCUGGUCUGUGUGUGGGGGAAGAGAAGCAGUUUCUGCCUUUUUUUCUCUGUCUCUGCAGCUUUUGGAUGUUAUCUCUGUAGCUGCAGGGGAUCUGACAGCUUUAGUUCUCUGCAAUGCACCAUGUGUGGUUUCACCGCUCACGCCCCUGUCCCAGGCCGUGCAGGGUCUCAGCUCAGCCGAAGCUUUGGGCCCUCAGAAAUAUGGUCAGGGUAGAAGGAUAAGGUAGAACUCCCAUAUGUGGCACGGUGGUCUCAGCUCUCUCCAGGCCGGCACAGUUCCAGUCUCCGGUGGCGGGCAGGCAGCACACGGUGGCGGAGAAAAGGUGAGGGGAGGUGGGCAGAGAUUCUCGGCUACAGUCUCCAGUUCUUCUCCCUGAUUUUCCAAAAUUUGUCCUCAACUUUUAUAGUGUUCAAAGGAGAUUGAACAUGGUUUCUUGGCAUGUAGCCAGUUGAGAUAUUGGAAUAGAUAUGAUAAUCAUAAACAAUGGCAGGAUCUUUUGGUAGAAAAAGUGUCGUGGAAAGUCCUGGUGGGAACUUCUGGCAGAGAAUGUUUGAUAGGAAGUUUUUGACAGGCAGAAACAAUUUUUGGCAUUUCUAUAUUAUCUGUGUGUUACAGAUGGUUGCCAUGGUAAGCAAUGUAACUGGGAAUGCAUAAUGGUUACCAUGGUAACUGACCCUAGUGAUGGGAAUGCAUAAUGGUUACCAUGGUAACUGACCCUAGUGAUGGGAAUGUGUAAUGGUUGCCAUGGUAACUGACCAUAGCAAUGGGAUAAUGUGAUGGUUGCCAUGGUAAACGACUUCACAAUCAGGAUGCAUUAACCGACCCCAGCAAUGUCAAUGCUCAAUGGUUGCCAUAGUAUCCCACGUAACAAUGUGAAUGCCUGUCUGUGUAGGUGAGCACAGUUUAUUGAUAGGAAGCAACCGAGAAAGCAAACAUUUUAUAUCCUUUUUUUUUGUAUCCCUUUAAUUCCUUUUUUACUAACUAAUGCUGUACUAAAAGCUGUUCUUAGUAUUGUGUGAAUGCCAACUGAUAAAGUAGGGGUUUUGUAUUUUUCAACUUUUGAUCCUCUUUGCUGGAAUUUUUUUUUUAAUUUUAUUCUCACAACAAUAAAAGAUUUUUUUUAGUGUUUGAA